GCACAAGGAACAUAAUCUUAACCCAUGGCACUUCAAAUGCAAUACAUUUUCGUUUUAAAUCCUAAUUAUUUGAACGUGUUGCAAACAUCGUAUGCUUUGUCAGCCCCUCCACUCCAAGAUGCAUUUGAAGAUUGACUUUGGACUUUAGGCUAGCUACUGAAGAUACUUAACCAAGACUUUCGAUGAUGACUUUUGCCAUGCUGCGGCCCUUGGCCACCCAUCUGGUCUACCCAGAUCUUAGUAUGAUGUCUGAGGAUGAAGAAAACCGAAGUGAGAGCGACGGCAGUUCGGAUCAGAGCUAUGGAUGUUGUGCCACCACAGAAAAAAGACGGAGGAUGUCACGAAAAUCGGGAGGGAACAGUGUUGUCAUUGUAAAGCAGAGGAACGCAGCCAAUGCACGGGAGCGAGACCGAACCCAAAGCGUCAACACAGCAUUUACUGCGCUUCGGACUCUGAUUCCCACAGAACCGGUGGAUAGAAAGCUAUCCAAAAUAGAGACACUUCGCCUGGCAUCCAGCUACAUUUCACAUCUAGCCAACGUGCUCCUGGUCGGAGAUGGCAACGGUGAUGGACAACCCUGUCUUGGCGCAGUUUACGCACAAGGAGACAGCGGUGGAAAGCAACCGCGCACAAUCUGCACCUUCUGUUUAAGCAACCAAAGAAAAGGGAUAAAAGAUGGCAAAGAUUGUCUAAAAAUGAGAAGCGUUGGUUCAACUGCGAAUGAGUCGUUAAACAGAAGACAACACCGUCAUCAGCUCAAGCGCCAAGUCCUCACAUUCUCAGGGAACAUUUAAAGUUGGUCAAAGAUACACAUUCAUAUGCUGGACAAAAAAGAUGGAAAUAGCCUAUAGUGACUAUUUAUACUUGAGAAACACUCAAGAGGUUUUGUGAGAAACCAGGCCUGUGAGGCACAAUCCUUUAAAGAAUGCAGUGCAUUUACAGAAUGUAUUGAUUUGUAAUUUUUUGUAUUUUGUGAACAACACUUGUAUACUACAGUGUACCACAUCAAAUAAAGUAUAUUUUUAUCUUGUUGAUUUUACAGUGACAUAUAUUUUAUGUGAGCCUGAAACAACGUGACUUUUCCUCAGUCCAGUUUUAUCAUAAAUGUAAUUAAGCUGCUUUUGACUGCAUGUCUGAAUAUUUAUUAGAAUUACUGAAAAUGUUUAUUUUUCCCA